UUGUACCUACUAGCUCUGUCCUACUUAAACCCCCUGGCUCGCUGUCGCUCAGGCGGUGAGGCCUCAACCAGAGCAAGCCAUCAGGCAAGGCAAAUGGGUGCUUCUCAGCUUCUCGAGCUCCUGCCCCAACAAUGGCAGCUUCUCCUACUCCUUGUCCCACUUGUCUUCCUCCUCCUACGCCGGACCUGGAGCAGGCCCGCUGGCGCUAGGCUGCCGCCAGGGCCCCGGAAGCUGCCCAUCGUCGGCAACCUGCACCAGAUCGGCCCGCUUCCCCAUCGGAGCCUCUCGGCGCUCGCGAGGCGGCAUGGGCCGGUCAUGAUGCUACGGCUGGGCAUGGUUCCGACGGUGGUGCUGUCCUCGCCGGAGGCCGCGCGGGAGGCCCUCAAGGUGCACGACGCGGACUGCUGCAGCCGCCCCCCGGCGGCCGGGCCGCGGCUGCUGUCGUACGGCUACAAGGACGUCGCCUUCUCCCCCUUCAGCGACUACGUCCGCGACAUGCGCAAGCUUUUCAUCCUCGAGCUGCUCAGCCGCCGCCGCGUCAAGGCCGCCUGCUACGCUCGCGAUGCACAGGUGGAAAAUCUUGUGAACAACCUCACAAAUGCCGAUCCCAAACCGGUGGUGGUUGCCGACCACAUCUUCGCCACGGUGGACGGGAUCAUCGGCUCAUUCGCCUUUGGAGAAAAUUACGCAUCCGAGCAGUUCAAGGGGGAGUUCGUCCCCGUGCUGAACGAGGCCACAGACAUGCUGGGCAGCUUCUCCAUCGAGGACUUUUUCCCCAACAGCGUUGGUCGCCUCUUCGACAAAGUUACCGGCAUCAAGUCCCGCCGAGCGAGGAUCUUCAAGAAGCUCGAUUCCUUUUUCGAACGAGUCAUCGACCAGUAUACCAACGAUGAUCCCACUUACGGAAAGCAGCCCGGCGACAAGUAUGGAUCGGUGCUCGUGCAAGAGCUCGUCGGCCUCUGGAAACAGCCUGCAGGAGCCGCCACCAACUUCUCCAGGGAUCAUGUCAAGGCCAUGCUCAUGGACACUUUCAUCGGUGGCAACCACACAAGCUCAGUGACAAUAAACUGGGCCAUGACGGAGCUUAUUCGGCACCCAAGGGUGCUCAGCAAGGUACAAGGCGAAAUCAGAGCCGUGGGAGGCAGAAGUGAUCGCAUGCAGCACGACGACAUGCCCAAGCUCCAGUACCUAAGGAUGGUGGUAAAGGAAACGCUGCGGCUACAUCCCCCGGCGACGCUGCUCGUCCCGAGGGAGACCAUACGGCGGAUUCAGGUUGCAGGAUACGACAUCCCGGCCAAGACGAAGAUCAUCGUGAACACGUGGGCUAUCGGCCGGGACCCCAGCGUGUGGAGGGACGAUCCAGAGGAGUUUUACCCUGAACGGUUCCAGGACACGGAUAUCGACUUCAGCGGGGCGCAUUUCGAGCUCUUGCCUUUUGGCACAGGACGCCGGGUGUGCCCAGGGCUGGCCAUGGCCGUGUCCAACAUAGAGUUCAUCCUGGCCAACAUGCUUUACUGCUUCAACUGGAAGCUCCCGGAUGGGGUGAGGAGUGAGGAUGUCAGUGUGGAGGAGGCAGGGGCGCUGACAUUCCGGAAGAAGGCUCCGCUCGUGCUGGUGCCAACAAGGUAUACUGUGUGAAACUAUGUAUCGGUGAUUGAAAUGGUUCACCGGCAAAGUGAUCCGUAUUUGACUGUUUCUGAUGCAUGCGCUGUCUGUUUUGUCUUCCUUUUUAGUUCUGUAAUAAGGGCAUAUUUGACUGAUCUGUGUGUGUGUUUGCAUGCAUGUCUCAGUCGAUACCCUUGUGUAUGUGUGUGUGUUAGAUCGAAGACGUAAGAGACGUCCGGCUUUAUAAAAUAAUAAAGGCCACAACCAAGCAGAGUAACAAGGACUAAA